GUUUAGUUAAAGCUUGUUGUCCGACUUCCCCCUUUAAAGCCUUUCUUGCAUCAGAUUUCAUAUAAAUGUAUGCAUUUAUAUUAGUAAAUUAUGUACUGUAUUGCAAAACGUAAAUGUGUCUAUGAACUACCUGUUUAAUAUCUUAUGAGGGGAAAUGAAUCCAUAAACUUGCAGUUGCACGUUUCGCUGUCAUAACGGAAGUUGUGGUCGUCAUCAGUAACUCAUAUCCAUGUGAAGAGUUGCUCACUGGUUUGCUCAACUUUGGCGUCUGAAUAACAUCAACUUCACAUUAGUUUUUAUAUUUUUCACCACUGGAUCAGUAGCGUCAGAUGGAGUCGUUCCUGGAGAGCUCCAGCUCAUAUGACGGUAACCACGCGCCCUGCGCACGCACCUGUAAGAUCAUCAUGAUCGGAGACGCGGGUGUCGGGAAGACCUGUCUGACCCAUCGCUUCUGUACCGGACACUUUCCCAGCAGAACCGAGGCCACGAUCGGACUCGACUUCCGCGAGAAACUUCUUGAGAUCGAAGGCGAGAGAAUCAGAGUGCAACUGUGGGACACGGCUGGUCAGGAGCGUUUUCGCAAAUGCAUGGUGCAGCACUACUAUCGCAAUGUACAUGGAAUCGUCUUUGUCUUUGAUGUCACUAACCCUUCUAGUUUUUGCAAUCUGCCAUCAUGGAUGGAUGAGUGUCGCCAACACUGUCUUGGUCUCGAUGUACCCCGUGCUCUUGUUUGCAAUAAGGCCGACCUGGCUUCAUCCACAACCUCUGUUUUAAUUGAACAGGCUCGUCACUUGGCUGAAGUCCACAGAAUGUCUUUUUUCCUUACUUCAGCUAAAGGUCACAGAGGGGAAAAUUUGGACAGCAUCUUCAUGACCUUGGCACAGAAGUCGAAGGGACACAGAGGACAGGGUGGGAAUGGAUACAUGUUGGUGUCUGGCAGAGCAGAGGCAGAGAGCUUCAAAAUUUCAGCGAGAUGCAAAACAAAGGAAGAUGCAAGGAAAUGGGACUGCUCUUGCUAAUAGAAAGAUGUAUUUAAGAGUGGUUUGCAUAUUUUAAUGUGUUAACUUGGUAAAAAUCAAUCAUGUCCCAUAAGAAUGACAGGUCAUUGGUCAUAUCUUAGGCUGAUGGCAUGAAGGGUGUUUUGCAUAUCAGCAUGUUGAGAUUGAAAUCUCUAACAUCUGAUUCUAGGCUCAGAAACAUAGGGAAGAAUGUAUGGUUUAAAGUAGGAAUAUACUGCCAUAUUGUUCAUGUGAUAUUGCUUGACAUUGCUAUCGAUAUUGAAAAAUAAUUAAACUUUUAGGAAGUCUGUCAAGGAGUCAAAAUUAAGCAUAGCCUUUUUUGCCAGAAUAAUGGGUUGUAAAUUUAGGUCAGUUCCUCUAAUGUAUGUAACUAUAUAAAAUAUGGGGCUUUCUGGAGUCUUAAAUUAGAGAUGUAACAAUAGCCAGUUUAAUGGUUAACCACGAUAAAGCGUCAUUUUUUUAUUAACGUUUAACUGUGUCACGUCUCGAAAACCCCUGGCCAGUAUCAACCAGCUUAAGCAACAACAUGAGUCGCUGCUUCCACGUGUUUGUGAUGACCGUGCUUUUGACUGAAUUUAAAACAAAAAACAAUUCACAUUUAAGGAAGUCUAGUUUUACUGACACAUGUUUACUUACAUUUUCUUUAGACAGAUCAAUCUUUUCUACUAAUUUCCCAUUUAAAUUAUGUGAUCUGAUGAGUUUAAAGCUCCUUUCUACUCUGUUUGUUUCUUCCGCGAUUGCUGUGAGCGCAGGCGUCGUGCAGCUCUCUCCUGGGUCAUAAAGUACCACCAGAUUUUUUACAACAUACAGAUGACUUGCUGAUUUGUCCUGUGUUUAUAUGAAAAUCUGAUUUAUUCACUUUUGUUUUAUCUGAACUAUAUGAACAUUUAUCUCAUGAACCCAAAUGUGCCAUGUUUAAUGUAAAUAUUAUUUAUUUGAUGUUUACGCAAACAAAACUUGCAUGUAAAAUCAAUUUCAAAUUUUGUUUGCAUCAGUAUUUUAUAUAUAUUUGUUUACAUUUCUAGAAAUUGUCCACAAAAUCAUUACAAUAUAUUGAUAAUCGUGGUGACUUUGGUCACUAUAACCGUGAUGUAAAAAUGUUUAUACGGUUUCAUCUCUACACUAGAUUAAUUGGCUUCUUUUUGAACCUGGAGAGCGAAGAUGUCCACAACCUGUUUUAUAAAACUAUCUACAUGCCAGUUUUUUUAAAACAUUUAUUUCAUUGAUAUCUGAAUUGUAUUUCCUAUAUUUGCUUUAACUAUAUUUGUAUUUUCUUUUUUGUUAGUUUUGUGUCUGCCUGAAACUAACUAAAAACUAACCAACCCAUUUUAACAUCCCUCAGUAUGUAAAACUCAAUAAACAUACAAAUCUGG